AAUCAGCGUCAGGCGGAACCAUCGUGUUUUCAAAAUGGCUGCUCACGUCGUCGGGUGGAUGUAUGUUUCCAGGUAAUUUUCGGCAUAUUUCUGGAUCAAACGAGCCGAUUUUAGGACCGCCAUGAAGCCCAAGGAGAACCAAGUUCGAACAUACGACGCAGACGGCUUCAGGAAAAGGGCAGCUUGUCUCUGCUUGAACGCAAACCGUGACCAGGUUCUUUUGGUGAGCAGCAGUCGUUACCCUGACCGGUGGGUGGUUCCGGGUGGUGGUCUGGAGCCAGAGGAGGAGCCAAGCCAGGCAGCCAUUCGAGAGGUAGCAGAAGAGGCAGGGGUAACAGGUGUGCUGGAUGUGCACCUGAGUGAGGAGAUCCCCCAGGGCUACUUGGACACCUUUGAGAACACAGAAAGGAAGCACCGCACCAUGGUAUAUCUCGUACAAGUCACCGAGCUGCUAGAUGAUUGGGAGGACUCACAGAAAAUAGGUCGCAAGAGGAAGUGGUUCUCCUUUCAAGAGGCCCAGCAGCGCUUGGCAGAGCACAAGCCUGUCCAGAAACAGUACAUUAUCAAACUGUUGUCGAUUCUCAACAAACAAAAGAACUGCGAAACCUCAACACCCAACUCCUCACAGACCACCAACACACAGCCAGCUGAAGAGCACAGUAUAGGAGGCGAAGACAGUGGCCUGGACUCCAGGAACGGACACAGCCUACCAGAACACAGAAGCUCCACUUCUCUGGAAGGAAGAAUGCAGCAGAAUAAGAAACAUGACAGCAGUAGUAACAAUGACUCUACAGGUCAAAGUAUAGAGUCCCAUGUUGUGGGGGCAGUAAGCAAACACAGGUUAGAAUCUUCCAACUCUCAAACAUCCAACAGAUUUUCAACACUGGCCAAAACAUGUGAUACAAGAUGACAGAAAGUAGCAGAUUUGUAAAUUAUAUGCUGUACAUAGAUAAGAAAAUGGUAAAGUUCUUGUCGUGGUACAUUUGGUAGAAAGAUACAAUAUAAGUUUGCAAUACUGUCAGUUGCUUCCAGAUAUAUAUCUAUUUUGAAUUAGAAUCCAAUUACAAGUGCAUAGUUUUUGUUAAGGGCUUACAAGUAAAAUUUUCCCAUGCGAAGUUUAGUUUAAAACACAGGCUGUUUUCCAAGCCAUACUUGUACAUGAACAUGUGUUUCAAGAGGGUCAUUUCUACAUAGCUGUGCUCUGUGAUUAACUUUGCCAAGAAAAUCAUUAGCAUCUCUUGUCAUUACAUUUGGCUGAAAUCUUUCCAAGUAGGUAAGGCAACAAUUACAGUCACAACUUACAGAAUUGCUUGAGGGAGAAUGGAACACAAGAUCCUCAAGAAAAAAACCCUUGAUCUCAGACAACAAAAAUGUAUCAAUUACAUGACAGAUAUCAAAACAUCUGUAACAAAGCUAGUCAACAUUUAUAAAGCACAAGCUGGGGUGACUUGUGUUGUCAAUGAUGUCCAGGAAUUAAUGACAACAAAUGGGUCAAGAUAUUGGAAGUGUCCUCUCUAUUUAUAUAGAUUGAAGCAGCUGCAUAGAGCCGUUAAGACCCAAUAGAUGUUGGAUAUUUUCUUGCAGUCUUCAGUCUUUCAAAUCAUUUUUACUAUGACACUGUGGAGUUAAGAAAAGCAACGUCAGUACAAGAUGCUCUACAUGAACUUUUAUGCAACUGAUGUAUGGUGUGGUGUGAUCAAAAUCACCAGUCACCAAAAUUUUGCAGGACAUUUUCACAAAACAAUAAUCUUUGGACUCAUUUUUUGCACGUCCAGUCAAUUUGCAAUACAGCCUCAUUGUCGUACAGUUUUCCAAUUUUGAUAAGUGAUCACUUACAUAACCCAUGUGUUGUGUGGAUUUGAUUAUCAAUAUCUUGUAUAUAGUAUAGUAUGUAUGAACAUUUCUACAUGACAUGGAAAUUUAUGAGCCGUUGUGUGUUAUGCCAUGAUAUAUUACACCUUGCCUGUUUUGCUGUUGCUGCUUAGCUGUUAUUCUGAAGAUACUGUAUGUACCAGUAUUCAAGGUACAUGUAUCUUCUUUUCCUGUAGGAUUGGGAUAUGUACAUAUCAGCACAAUAUUCUUCAACUUUUGGACUUUGAUUUGCAGUAAGAAGAAUGCCAACAAGACAGGACAAUGUACUAGUACUAGGCAGCCAUUUCAUUUGAAGAAUUUACGUCUGGCUAGAGGGAAAAAAAUUUAAGUAUGAGCUCCAGGGGUAAAAAUCAACCAUCUUUGUACAAUGUAAACAUACUACGGUAGCCAAAAACGUAUGUUGAUAAAACAAGACACAGAAACUGGACUCAUUUGCUUGCUUCAAUUUUUCUUCAAUAUUGGCAUGUUGAGCUUGUAUUUGUUUAAAAAAUUUUUAUUAUUAUUGAUAGGGUGAAUAUCUCUAUGCCUAUACAUGCUUAGCAAUAAUAUAUAUGUGCUUGUAUAAAGCAGUGUAUAGGACUACAAUUAUUGAGGCAUGCAGGGUGUUCUCUGCUUGACAGACAAGUUGCAGCACUAAUAUAUAGGACUGUUAGUCCAAGUUUAACCUGCAGAGAACUUUGGACUCGGAAGGGAAUGUACUGUUACAUUGAGUGAGGCUCGGGAUGAAGUACAUGUACUAACAAACUAGUAUCGUGAUUUCAACUACUAGAAGAGCUGUAUUUGUAUAUGUGUUGGCAUUGAGAGUUAUGGAUCGUGUGGUUGUUAAGUGAUACUAUGCAUGUUUAGCCUUUUGACCCAUCAGAUGUGACCUAAUAAAAGCUGAUAUGUAACAUCA